UGCGCGGCCGGGCGCUUCCUUCUGCCCCGUCCGCUCGCGUCGCCGCUGCCACGUUCCCGCCCGAGGAGCCCCGGCCUCGCCCGCCCGCCCGCCCGAGGAGCCCCGGCCUCGCUCGCCCGCCCGCACUCACCGCCGUCCAGUCCGCUCCCGCUCCGCCAUGUGGCCCGUGCGCCUGCUGGGUCUCGUCGCCUUGGCCCUGGCCGCCGACAUCCCCGAGGAGGACGACGUGCUGGUGCUGAAGAAGGACAACUUCGAGGAGGCGCUGCGGCAGCACCGGCACCUGCUGGUGGAGUUCUAUGCCCCCUGGUGUGGACACUGCAAGGCUCUUGCUCCAGAAUACAGCAAAGCUGCUGCAAAGCUGAAAGAAGAAGGCUCUGAGAUCAGACUGGCAAAAGUAGAUGCCACUGAGGAAUCAGACCUGGCACAGAUGUUUUCAGUCAGGGGAUACCCAACCAUUAAGUUUUUUAAAAAUGGAGAUAAGAACAACCCAAAGGAUUAUGCAGCUGGAAGACAGCAUGAAGAUAUUGUGAACUGGCUGAAGAAACGCACUGGACCUGCAGCAGACACCAUCACUGAGGCAGAUGCUGCUGAGAAGCUGGUGGACUCCUCUGAAGUGGUUGUCAUGGGGUUUUUCAAGGAUCUGGAAGGGAAUGAUGCCAAAACAUUCCUUCAAGCUGCAGAGGCCAUUGACGAGGUGCCCUUUGGAAUCACUUCUGAUGCCGACAUCUUUACCAAGUAUGAUGUGAAGGAGGAUGGAGUUGUCCUUUUCAAGAAGUUCGAUGAGGGUCGUAAUGUCUAUGAUGGAGAAAUUACUAAAGACAAUCUGGUGGAAUUUAUCAAAAACAACCAGCUGCCUCUUGUUAUAGAGUUCACUGAGCAGUCUGCCCCGAAGAUCUUUGGUGGUGAAAUCAAAACCCACAUGCUACUGUUCAUCCCCAAGAGUUCACCAACCUUUGAGGACAAAUUGAGCAACUUCAAGACUGCAGCAGGAAGCUUCAAGGGCAAUGUUCUGUUCAUCUACAUUGACAGUGAAGUUGAAGACAACCAGAGAGUUCUGGAGUUCUUUGGCCUGAAGAAGGAGGAAUGUCCUGCUAUUCGUCUCAUCACUCUUGAGGAGGAGAUGACCAAGUACAAGCCAGAGACAGAAGACAUCACAGUGGAGAAUGUCAAAGGCUUCUGCAACCAGUUCUUGGAAGGGAAGCUGAAGCCUCAUCUCAUGAGCCAAGACAUCCCUGAAGAUUGGGACAAAACGCCUGUCAAAGUCCUUGUUGGCAAAAACUUUGAGCAAGUUGCCUUUGAUGAAAAGAAAGAUGUUUUUGUUGAAUUCUAUGCACCAUGGUGUGGUCACUGCAAACAGCUGGCUCCUAUCUGGGAAUCUCUGGGAGAAAAGUACAAGGACAAUGAGAAAAUCGUCAUCGCAAAGAUGGACUCUACAGCCAAUGAAAUUGAAACUGUGAAGAUCCACAGUUUCCCGACACUGAAGUUCUUCCCUGCAGGCUCCGAGCGGAAGGUUAUAGAUUUCAACGGUGAGAGAACACUUGAAUCAUUCAUCAAAUUCUUAGAGAGUGGAGGGACAGAAGGAGGUACUGCAGAAGAGGACCUUGAGGACCUUGAGGAUGAGGAAGGAGAGGAUGAAGACACAGAUGAAGAGACAGAUGAUGAAGCUGAUCAUCUUAAAGAUGAAUUAUAAAGAAUUGCAACCAAAAACACUACAGCUUUUUGUACAAUUCAAAAUGCAGUAAACAUGAAAUAUUUGACAUCAAGUCUGAGUUGAUAAAACCAGGGAAUAUACAACCAAUUGUCGGUGCACAUUGUGCAGUUGUCAUCAAUUUGUUAAUUUAUUAGGGAUCAUCAUCCUUAAUUGUUCAAGCCACAAACUGAUAUCUAUAUUUGGGACUUUUUUGUUUCCUGUUACUGAUUCAUGUAAUGUACUUUUGUACAGAUUUUUAACUUGUUUGUAUUAACAUUGUCUUUGCCUGGUGAUGGAUGGUUUUCCUGCACUUGUCUGAGUGCCUAAAUAGAGGUGAGUGAACUAGAGGCCACUGCUUUUGGGGGGGAGGGGGGGGUGAAAUUUGGGGAGGGGGACCUUUGGAAUUGUUCAAAAGUAAAAGGAAGAGGCAUCUAGUUUUACAACUCAGGGACUCUUCUGUUUGUGUUUUUUUUAAAUCUGGACCCAAGAUUAGCUUUUGUUUUGUUUUGAAGUGGGUGGGGAGGUAGGGAUCACCACACAACAGAUGGAGCAUUGGGGUGAGGGCUUCACCAAUGAGUUGUGCAAUUCUUCAAGCAUUCCAACGUGCUUAAACUGAGGCAAAGAUUUGGUGGCCAGGAUGAAAUUAAAGAAAGAUUAAACUUUUCCAUUCUGAGA